AUGCCGUCAGAUCGACACGAAGAUGUUCAACAACCUCUCCUCGCUUCCCCGCGCGAAGAGAACGCGUCGCGCAACAACCGAGGAACAUUCACCCGCAACCUCGGCGCCGCAGAAGCUUUUGGCAUUGUCGUAAGCAUCGUCAUCGGAAGCGGGGUUUUCACGUCUCCUGGCUCUAUCGAUACGAAUGUUCCGUCUCCGGGUAUUGCGCUGGCGAUUUGGUUGAUUGGUGGUGUUCUGGCUUGGACGGGUGCUACGACUUUUGCCGAGCUUGGUACUGCUAUCGAAGGCGAAGGUGGAGUGCAGCCAUAUCUUCAGCAUAUUUAUGGCGAAGUCUGGGGUUUUCUCGCGGCAUGGACAUGGAUCGUCGCUGUCAUGCCCGCAACCCUCGCUAUUCUCAGCAUCGUCUUCGUCGAGAGCGCAUACUCAGCUGCAGGCGUAAUCAACCAAGAUCACCUCAUCUCACAUAAGCUUCUCUCCAUUCUAGUCCUCGUGGUGAUGAGCGUUGCAAACUCUAUCAGCACGAAAGCCAGCACGCGCCUCAACGGGUUCUUUGUCGUUCUCAAGUUUCUGAGUAUCUUGGUCGUUGUGGUCGCUGCUAUUGUAGUAGUAGGCGUUCAUGCCGCACAUCCUGGGAAGGAAGUUGGGGGAGGCGAUUGGUAUAAGAAAUCGUGGUUUGCGUAUCGUGAUACGUAUAAUCCGAAUGGGCCGGAUACGGAGUGGGAUAAGUUGAGCCAGUGGGAGAUCUUUGGACAUUACUCUGCUGCCUUGUAUGCUGCUUUGUGGGCUUACUCUGGAUGGGACAAGGCGAUUUAUGUCUCUGCCGAGCUUUCGCAACCUGCCAAGCAACUGCCUCUUGCCAUCAACACAUCCAUCCCAACAGCCAUCAUAUGCUUCCUCGCUGCGAACGCAGGAUACUACAUCCUUCUCCCAUGGAACGUCGUCAGCACUACCGACAGUGUAGCAGUAACCGCCAUGACCCGUCUUCUCGGCCGUGGUUUCGGCAUCGUCACCGCCAUACUCAUCUGUCUAGUCGUUGCAGGUUCUCUACUCGGCAACUCCUUCGUCGCAAGUCGAAUGUGUGUCGCCGCUGCGAGAAAGGAUUGGAUUCCUAGCCUUUUCACCAUCGUCGGACGAGUCGGCGCUAAGCCUACUGAAGAAGAAGAGAAUACUGAUGCUGAUGAGCCUGCUGGAGACGCGCCAAUCAACGCUGUGAUUCUCUCAGUUAUUGUCGCCAGCUUCUAUAUCCUGUUUGGCAGUUUCAGAGCUCUCCUCACUCUCAACGGUCUGGGAGAAUACUCUUUCUUCUUCCUUACCGUCCUCGGAGCGAUCAUCUUGCGAUACCGGGAGCCUGAUCUGGAGCGUCCAUACAAGACUUUCUCUAUCAACCCGAUUGUGUUCGUCAUUGUCAGUGGUUUCGUUGUUGUUAGAGGAGCUAUCUUUGCGCCUACACAGGCGAUCGUCAUUAUUGCUAUCUGGGCCCUGGGUCUUGUUUUCUACAAGGCGCGACAGUUUUUGACUUCUCUUGAAACUGCAAACGAAUAA